GAGAGAGGGGGCGGGCUCAGUUCAGUCUAGCGUGUAGCGUAGCGAUGGGCGAUGAUGCCACUCCGGUGCUGUAUGUGCGCGCGCGCACGUGUUCUCGCUUGGUGCUUUUUACGCUCUUUUAUAAAUUGACGACUGAUCAAGUCCGUAUGUGCCAUUUGAUAUUUUCUUCCACCUUCAUGUUUUGUUCGGUCAGUGGUGUGACAGAGAUUGUGGAGGGCGUUGAUUAGGAUGUGGGUAACCAUGGCAACCACAGUGCGCCAGGUCAAGAGACACAACAAGACAGCUAAGAACUCUAACCAGUUCGUCACCACAGCUGAGGUGGAAGGCUACGGGCCAUAUAAGCCGGUGCCGCCUCCCAAGCCCCUGACUGCUGCCCCCGCCUGCCACUCACCUCCACCCUAUAGGAUGCCCCCGUACCCUCUCUACAGUGAGCCUACACUACCUGGCACUGCAGGGGCAGAGCCACCCCAUUCCAACCUGCAUACCCAUUCUAGCAAAUUUCCAGUAAGUUCAAGGAAUUUCUCAGUUCUUUUACUGCA